CUUCAGUACUGCCAUUUUAACUUUCAUGGUGUUAUAACAUGCAGUAAACUCCUCCACAAGCUUCUAUUGAAUAUUUGAGUUUAAAGCUUGAGCAAAGAUGGAGGUGAAAAACUCUUUGCCGAGUAUUACAAGUGAACUCGUUGCUUAUGAUGAAGACGGCCAUGUUAAAAGGACUGGAAAUUUAUGGAGUGCUGUGGCUCACAUCAUCACUGCUGUUAUUGGAUCUGGUGUUCUAUCUCUUGCAUGGAGCACUGCCCAGUUGGGAUGGAUUGGAGGGCCANUUGUAGUGCUUUGUUUUGCAAUCGUCACCUAUGUUUCUUCAUCCCUCCUUUCUGAUUGUUAUAGAACUUCUGAUUNUGGGAAAAGAAACUACUCAUACAUGGAUGCUGUUAGAGUCAAUCUUGGUAAAAGAAGGACAUGGUUGGCUGGUUUCCUUCAAUUUUUGACCUGUUAUGGGACUAGUUGUGCUUAUGUACUCACUACUGCAAAUAGUUUAAGAGCAAUUCUGAAAGCAAAUUGUUAUCACAAGGAAGGGCAUCAAGCUCCUUGUGCUUAUGGGGGCAAUACUUAUAUGAUGAUGUUUGGAAUUGUUCAAAUUGUAAUGUCAUUCAUACCAGACCUCCAUAACAUGGUAUGGGUCUCAGUUUGUGCAGCAGUUAUGUCCUUUGCAUACUCCUUCAUUGGACUAGGACUUGGCUUGGCAAAGGUUAUAGAAAAUGGAAGAAUUAUGGGGAGCAUAACAGGAAUACCAGCUACUAACAGUGCUAACAAGUUAUGGUUAGUCUUCCAAGCACUUGGUGACAUUGCUUUUGCUUAUCCAUAUGCUUUGCUCCUUCUUGAGAUACAGGACACUCUGAAGUCUACUCCACCAGAAAAUCAAACCAUAAAAAAGGCUUCCAUGGUUGCAAUCAUUGUGACAACAUUCUUCUACCUAGCUUGUGGAUGCCUUGGAUANGGAGCUUUUGGAAAUGGUACACCAGGGAACAUCUUGACAGGGUUUGGGUUUUAUGAGCCUUAUUGGCUUGUUGCCUUUGCUAAUGCUUGCAUUAUUCUUCAUUUGGUGGGAGGAUAUCAGAUGUACAGUCAACCAAUAUAUACUACUGCUGAUAGAUGGUGGUCAAAAAAAUUUCAGGAGAGUGAGUUUGCAAACAAGAGUUACAUAAUAAAAUUGCCUUUAAUCCCUUGUUAUGAGCUGAAGCUAUUUAGGUUGUGUUUUAGAACAGUGUAUGUGAUUUCAACCGUUGGGAUUGCAAUUCUGUUUCCUUACUUCAACCAAGUUCUGGGAGUGUUAGGAGCUAUAAACUUCUGGCCAUUGGCUGUAUAUUUUCCNGUGGAAAUCUACUUGCAACAAAAGCAAAUUGGAGCUUGGACCAAACAAUGGAUUCUUCUUAGGAUCUUUAGCUUUGUUUGCUUUAAUGUCACACUUGUGGGUCUCGUGGGAUCAAUUCAAGGAAUCAUUAGUCAGAAACUUUAG